GCACAGACUGCAUGUCUACCUUAAUUAAUUUCCCGAAAAUCCCCUAUGACGGGAUGAAGGUCGCUGAGCAUGAUGUUGGACUCGUGUGUAGAAGUGGACGGUUCUUUUGCGGGCAGAGGAAAACUAUUAGAUUGUUGGUCGAGGGAAAGUGCACUGACGCACAGAGAACUGACUCUAGAUGAUGCAAGUGACCACGUGACUAGAAAAACUGAUGUGAAUUCAAAGUGUGAUGAGUCUUUUAUUGCUGGUCUACGUAUACCACCUCACAUGUACAAGGAAGGAGAAUUCCAGUUUAUGCCACUACGUGAUGUUCACCAACAAAGAAGUAAAGACAAGGUCAAUUCUUUGCUAACAAAAGAAGAUCAACUACCUAGAGCUGCAACAGCUCCACUAGAGGAGUUACUGAAAGCUGCUCAUCAUGAUAUAGAAUCUUUACCUACAGUUAGGGUUGGUGCAGAUCAAGGUAGUCUAAAGAGAAAACCUUUACAGAGGCAAGUUGCUGGGAGUCUAGAUGAAAUGUUAUAUAAUAGAUUUAGAUUAUCAUGCACAUCAUUGGAGCAACUGAAUGUGCCCUCAAUUCUAUCUGUUGAAAAUGAGUCAGUUGCAAAUACAAUGCGUGAAACAUUGAAGGAUGUUUCCUUGGUGGAAGAUUCAAAGUUGAGAGAACUUUGUAAUGAAGAUUUGGUGAAGCAAUGUCUGCUUAGGGGAAUGCUUCAGAGAGAGUCUGAGAAACAUGAGCUGGAGAUGAGUAAGCAGGUUACGGCUUUGUUAGAACAUGAACAAUCAAGGACACGGGAGAAUAGGAACGAACAUGUGGAGAAAAGGCAAGAAAUCAAACAAAUGAAACAAGAUGUUGCAAUUGAAACUUUAGAAGGGGGAAAGCUAUCUUUGCAAGAAAAGUGUGAUAGAAAGUCUGGCUGCUUAUCUGAGGAGGUAUGGUACACCGAGCCAACCGCAUCAGCCGUGCAAAUGAUCACAACACUAUUUACUUGUCAUAUUCAAGACUUCAAGAUUCACAAGAUGAUCGCGCACGGCUGCGAAGGAGCAGUCUUCAUAGCUCAGUAUCACCACCAGAAGUGUGACCUCCUAGUUGGCGAAGUAUUUGCCAUCAAAGUGAUGUUCAACAUCUUCGCUCACUCAUCAUACACACAGGUCCGUAGCUUCUAUGAAAAUGAGUACAGUGCGCUAUGUGCCAUGGUUCCACACCCGAAUAUCGUUCGGCUCUUUGCUUUCUUCUACGACCGAAUCACACUCGAGUGUCUACCCGACCUACCACCUGCAGCAGCAGAAAAUGCACAAACGUUAUCACUCUUUCUAGUCAUGGAGCACAUUCCUCAAACUCUGCAACAAGUCGUCACCGAUCUACGAAAAUCCGGCAAGCUAACUGCCAAGCAAGUGAUGCAGUGGUCAUUACACAUAUUCACAGGCAUCAAACAUCUUGCCAAAUAUCGCAUUGUCCAUCGAGAUCUAAAACUCAACAACAUUCUUGUCUCCGAAGGUCUCCUCAAAAUAUGUGAUUUCGGCUGCUCAAUUCAACUCUCAGACAACGACAUGCAAAUGCUGUUUGUGCAUGGAAGCUCACUGGGAGGCAAUCCAGCACACAUGCCACCUGAGGUAUUGAAUGCGUGUGCAGGGAGCUACAUCAAUUGUAAGAGUUACGAUCUGUGGGCAAGUGCAGUGAUGGCCUUUGAAGUGGCGAGUGGGAAGUCUCCGUUUGAUGGAGAGAGAAUAGACCAGCGAGGCUACCGUAUGUGCGACCUUCCACCGUUGAGGAUCAUAAACGAAAAACCGGGGGCUUCACUGGCUGAUGUCACAUUCCCAAGUCAAUUUUGUGAUCUCGUUACAUCACUACUGGAAUUCAAACCGUCGAAACGGCCGACUGUGGAUGAAGCGAUUCGAGUGACCCAACAACUUGUGCACAAGAUGGUGUGACAGUCUGGCUAAGUUUCUUUGCAAUUUCGUCCGACAACAGUGUCACACAAAUGCAUGCCUGGCUGUUGCUGAAUGUUUGCGGGCAAACAAUGUCCCACAAAAAGAGCAUAGCUAACUGUUUCUAAUGUUUUUCAAUACUGUGAUUUUAACUGAA